AGAUAUUGCUGCAAGGACGCAAUGAAAAGGAUUCGACCAGUACGAAGGAUUAAAAAAUGACCUACAUAAACUUCUCUAUAAUUCUCUGCUCGCUACUUUAUUUGAGGAAGUGCUGCUGUGAUGCGUUUGUGGUGGACAAGCAAUCAAAAAGGUGUUUUGUCGACCCUCUAUCGAUGGCUUUUUCAGAGAAUGGAGGUAGCGGGAGCCGGCGUGUACAGAAAAGCGUCCGUGAUCGCACCCAGGAAGAAACGUUUAGUCUGAUAAAAGAUGUGCUCCGAGCUGCAGUUGAUGCCGGUCCCCGUGCUGGACCUGCCAGAACUAUGCAAGCAUAUCGUGCCUUCGCCACAACAGCCCAGGAGUUCCUGCCCAAGUUGGCCCAAGGGCCUGAAACCAUCUCUCCGGCGGCCGUUCUCCGAACCCUUUUUGAGCGAAUGGGUGCUACCUACAUCAAGCUAGGCCAGUUCAUUGCAAGCAGUCCGACUAUUUUCCCAAAAGAAUACGUAUUGGAAUUCCAGAAAUGUUUGGACCAGACAGAAUCUCUACCUUGGCCAAUAAUCAAGAAAGUUAUUGAGGACGAGCUAGGGCCUAUUUCAAAGAAUUUCCAAUACGUCAACAGCAAACCUCUUGCCUCCGCUAGUAUUGCUCAGGUCCACGUUGCAAGACUAAGAACUGGAGAAGACGUCGUCCUCAAGGUACAAAAGCCGCGCAUCGACGAAAGUCUCAAAGCUGACCUUGGUUUCAUUUAUGUUGCUGCUAGGAUUCUAGAAUUCUUCCUCCCUGACUGGGAACGAACAUCUCUAGCGGCAAUUGCUGGAGAUAUUCGUUCGUCUAUGCUUGAAGAACUUGAUUUUGAAAAAGAGGCACAAAAUACAAUAGAGUUCAGAAGAUUUAUUCAAGACAAGGGACUAACAAAGCAGGCAACAGCUCCGUUUGUGUACCCGGCUUUCACAACAAAGAAAGUAUUGACAAUGGAGAGACUCAAUGGUGUUAGUCUUUUGGAUGAAAACACAAUGGGAAAAGUCACCAAGAAUCCUCAAAUGGGAACGGACGUAAUUAUUACUGCUCUGAAUAUUUGGAGCCUCUCUGUCACAGCAAUGCCUUGGUUUCACGCGGAUGUACAUGCUGGAAAUUUGUUACUGCUCAACGACGGACGGGUCGGAUUCAUUGAUUUCGGUAUUGUAGGGCGGAUCAGCGAAAAGGUGUUUCGCUCUGUGAACGAGUUGUCAGCGGCCUUGGUUGUCGGUGAUUCUGAGGGGAUGGCUAUUGCCCUUUGCAACAUGGGAGCGGCAGGUAAAGAUGUGGAUACGAAUCAAUUUGGAAAAGACAUCCAGCGUGUGCUAGAUCGAAUGAAUACUGUGCAGCCAGAAAUGACUGUCACUGCACACCAGGAUGGUAUUCUUCAAGGGCAGCUCAACGUGGACGAGGGCGAGGGUACAGAUCUGCUCCUUGAACUAGUUGAAGUAACAGAGAAGAAUGGCCUGAAGCUACCUCGAGAGUUUGGGUUGCUGGUGAAGCAAAGUCUCUAUUUUGACCGGUAUCUCAAGAUCCUCGCACCAAAUGUAGAUGUUAUGAAUGAUUCACGAGUCAUGAUUGGGGGUACAAAAAGA